CACUUGGUAAACGGGGUCUUGAGGAUCAGCCUUACAGCAAUACAGAUGAAUUCAUGAUGCAUACCAAUGGGAUGUGGAGCCACACAAAAAUUAUCAUGUGGUUUCUUCUGUUCUGUAUGUUUGUCAAGAUGGUGUUCCCUGCUGGAGAUGACACCAUCAUUGCUACUAAGAAUGGAAUGGUCAAAGGUAUUAAUUUACCUGUGCUUGGUGGAACAGUUACUGCAUUUCUUGGGAUUCCUUUUGCAACACCACCUAUUGGUAGGCUACGUUUCAAAAAGCCAGAAUCUCGAGAAGAAUGGAAAGGAACUUGGGAUGCAACCAAGUUUGCCAACUCUUGCUUUCAACUCCUAGAUAAUACUUUCCCUGGCUUUGAAGGAUCAGAGAUGUGGAAUCCAAACACAAAACUUAGUGAAGACUGCCUUUAUCUCAAUGUAUGGGUUCCUUCCCCCAAGCCUAAAAAUGCAUCAGUCAUGGUAUGGAUUUUUGGAGGUGGCUUUCACAGUGGAACAUCUUCACUCUCUGUUUAUGAUGGCAAGUUUCUAGCUCGUGUGGAAAGAGUCAUUGUCGUAUCAAUGAAUUAUAGAGUAGGGCCUUUUGGAUUCUUGGCUUUGCCAGGAAAUGAAGGCGCCCCAGGAAAUGUAGGUUUGUUUGAUCAAAGGCUGGCACUUCAAUGGAUCCAUGACAACAUAGGAAACUUUGGAGGUAAUUCUAAAAGUGUGACCUUGUUUGGAGAAAGUGCUGGAGCAGGAUCUGUUAGCUUCCAUCUUCUUUCUCCUCAAAGCUAUCCUCUCUUCACGAGGGCGAUCAUGCAAAGUGGAUCUGGGAAUGCUCCUUGGGGUGUAAUUCUACCAUCUGAAGCAAGAAAAAGAACUCUAGCUCUAGCUGAACUCCUCCACUGUACUGGCAAUGAAACUGAGAUCAUAUUCUGUUUUCAAAACAAGGAACCCCAAGAGCUAUUGGAGAAAGGAGAAGCUUCAACAAUAUACACCGGUCUUAUACAUUUGCAGUUUUGUCCCGUAGUUGAUGGUGACUUUCUUGCUGAUAUACCAGAAAUAUUGCUGAAAAAUGGACACUUUAAACAAACACAGAUCUUGAUGGGAGUAAACAAAGAUGAAGGUACUACUAUGCUUGUGUAUGGUGCUCCUGGCUUCAGCAAAGAUAACGACAGCAUUAUCAAUGAAACAGAAUUCCAGGCAAGUUUGAAAGUUGCUUUUCCACAAUUAAAUGAAAUGGGAUUGGAAUCUAUUGCUUUUCACUACACAGACUGGGAAGAUGAGAAGAAUAUUUUCAAUUAUCGUGAGGCCAUGGAUGAUAUUAUUGGGGAUUACUAUUUCACAUGUCCUUCAAUAGAGUUCAUAAAACAGUUUGCUUUGGCAGGGAACAAUGUUUUUUUUUACUACUUUGAGCACCGAUCUUCAAAACUUGCUUGGCCAGAAUGGAUGGGAGUUCCACAUGGUUAUGAAAUUGAGUUCGUAUUUGGAUUACCUCUAGAGCGAAGAGUUAAUUAUACUAAAGCAGAGGAAGCACUGAGCAGAUCUAUACUGAAGUAUUGGGCAAAUUUUGCAAAAACUGGAACACCCAAUGGAAAUCAGAUUAAUGGAACAAGAUGGCCAGUGUUCACAACCACUGAACAAACCUACUUAGCAUUAGGCACAAAUGCUGCAAAGAUUCAAACAAAAUUGCGGGCUCAGACAUGCCGAUUCUGGAACAUCCUUUUUCCUAAAGUCCGGGAUAUGAAAGAAAAUAUUGAUGAAGCAGAACGAGAGUGGAAAGCAGGAUUCCUUCGCUGGAACAAUUACAUGAUGGACUGGAAAAAUCAAUUUAAUGAUUACACUAGUAAGAGGCAAAGCUGCACAGGUCUCUAAUUAAAAGUUUCAGCCUUUCUGGAAUGCUUGUACUGUCAAAGAUCAAGGCAAACAUGGAGAUAGUUAAUGUAGCAUAUCUAGCAAUAAGACAUAUUAGGCAGGCUCAGUGACCCAUUACAAAUAUACCAUUCUUCCAGGCCCAUUUCUAUUUAUAUCAAUAACUGUUAUGAAAGCACUUCCACCUUUUGAAGCAUCAGGAAAUGUAAAAUAGGCUUAAAGCAAUUAAAGCCAGAAGAUGAUUGAUGUUGAUAUAAUGGCCCCAGUCCAAUAGUAAAUUAUAUGCUCUCUUUAAAAAAUCAAGUUGGUUGUGCUAGCUAUGAGCGGUGAUAUUGUUACAUAUUGGAAUAUGCAACUCACUUAAAAAGAAGCUUCAAGGGCUAAACCUUCUUUGGCCAUUUGGCAAAUGGAAUUUUGUACCUUCCAGGAAUGUGCAUACUAGUGCAUUCCUCUCCUACACCUAUACUGAAAUAUCUGAAAAUAGCUUUGACUGAACACGGUAAGAAUGUGGUCAAGCCACUGGCCUCAGAGUACAGUGGACACUGAAACCAGGUAUAAUCACUUUACAAACUUUUGCUUCAAUCCAGAAAGAUAAGUAUAGGAAGGGGAAUAUGAUCCAUUGGUCCACCAUAAUCAGCCUUUCCAAAUGCUUGCAAAAAAAAGAGAGCUUUAUUUGACAGUUUCCACAACCUUUUCGUUUGCCCAAGAUGACUGUCAAUAAUGGAAGCUGACACCAGAAACAUAUAAAAAUCAGGUUCCGUAUCCCUAGACUUUAGAUCUAAAUUGAAAGGUGCAGCUGAAUGAGCACCUCACUUAUGUUGUAAUAUAAUCAUGCAACUAUAAGAGCCAAGGUGGCGCAGUGGUUAAAAGCAGUACUGCAGGCUACUGCUAGAUCAGCAGGUCAGC